AUGGGAUCUCAUACUGCUGCUGCUGCUGCAGCUGCUGCUUCUGCUGCUGCUGCUGCAGCUGCUGCUUCUGCUGCUGCUGCUGCUGCUGCUGCUGCUUCUGCUGCUGCUGCUGCUGCUGUUUAUAAAUCCUGGUCAAGUGUUUGUUGUGGACCAGUGGGUGUGGUGGUUAGCCUAGAUGCGGACUUACGCGGCGCCAGCCACCUACGUCGUCUUCCGCCUCCGGCCUUCUUGAAUUGGUUAUGA